AUGGAGCCAGAAUAUCAUCUCAGUACUCAUUAUGAUAAUGAUGAUUAUACUGAUAGGAGUGAUGAUGGUGAUGAGGUGGACUUGAGCGAUGACGAGGUAUACUGUCAAUGUAAACCAAUGAAGAAGCCAAUGCCAUUCUUAGUAAAGGAGUUAGAAUCUGGUGUAGUCUAUUGUGGAUAUGAUGAACAAACAGAGGAAGAAGAAGAUGAUGUUACAGACUUCAUAAAUGAUGCUGGUGAAGAUGAAGUCACAAUUGUCAAGCUCGAGGCCAAGGCCGAGUCUAAUGCAGAGACAAAGGAAGAGACCAAUGCAAAGAUGGAGGAAGAGAUAGACGAUGACGAAGAGAUAAAGAUAAAGAUGGAGUCAGUGGCUGAGACAGAGAUAAAGACAAAACCAAAGGAGAAGGCACCAUGGAGAUCAAAUGGAGUGUCAUUGUAUGAACGAUUACUCAAGAGGAAUGUAAUGGAUGCUCAAUCAUUUCAAACAUAUAUUUAUGACAAUGAAGACCUACUACGCACAGAUAAGACUGUUAGCGUGUCAACUUCAACAUCGUCAUCAUUGCCCAAGGCACAUGGCACUGGCGCCAGCAUUGGCAUUGGCACUGGCAGCAACAACAACAACAACAACAACAACAACAUUAACAACAACAUCAAGAAAAGAAAGAGAGACGAUAAAGAAGGAGAUGGAGAUGGCGAAGACAAUUGGGUAAACAAUCAGUUGUCCAUUGUACCCAUCAAUGAAGGAGAGAAUAUAGGAGCAAAGGAGGAAGAGGACGACGAUGAUGAUGAUGAAUCAAUCAAUUAUUAUGAACGACUAAGACGACGACAACAAGAGAAAAUACAAAAUGAUCCGGAUAAUUAUACAAAGGAGGAUACUGGAGUUGGCAUCAUGUUUACAUUCAAGAACAUCGUUGAACCAUUGACUCCACAAUCACGUCAUAACAUGGCACCUGGUGGCAUACCCAUAGUUGAUCUUGGCUGGAAGAUCGCCACUACAUCGUCCACCACAACACAAGACGCCAAGUCAUCGUCAUCACGACCAGCAAACACUCGUCUGUUCUCAACUGCUCGACCAGAGAUUACAAGUCAGUAUAGAACAUUGGCGUCAUUCGACUCGAGCGAGAAGACAAUCAUACAUGCCAAUUUGUCAAGAUUCCCAAUAUUGGCGCGACACAAUCCCGUCAAGUUAUGGCAAAGGAUAUCAAUGGCAUUGCUCGAGAACAAGUCACCAAUAGAGAUUGGCAUGUACGUCACAGAGAUGAUGGGUGGCGUCUUGAAUGUCGAUGAGCUGGCAUCAAAAUGCCCCGAUCCCGCCCCACCCGAUGUGGAACCCGGCCAGAUAUUACUAGAGGACAACGAAGCACAUGUCAGUAACUACCCGGAUAUGAGACGCGAGGUUCUAAAGGCCGAUCUCGCCAAUGCCAGGGAGGAGAAGAGGAUGUAUAGCGAGUCGGCCAAUGAGGCUCAAGCAACACUGCCUCCAGAGUUUGCCAUCAAACCCUUCACGAGAAUGGUCAAGAAGUUAAAGGUGAUGCCACAUCCCGAGGCCAUACAUGAGCUGAUUCGCUCACUCAGGGCUUGGCUGCGGCCAGUCAUUAUGGACAUGACAAUGUGCAAGCGUUCAAUCACUGUGGAGCGAGCGGUGGAUAUACUGCGGAACCGCGAUGCUGUGCCAGGCGACUGGAUGCCCACUGAGCACUACGCCCAACUAUACGAACAAGUGGACGAAGCCAAAGAGAUCGUCAGCAAGCACAUCGGCCUAGCCCAAUUCAGGAAAACUGCAAUAAAGUUUAAUAAUCAAGAUUGA